AUGAAUGAGAAUGGUAAGAGGACCCGCCAACAACAAUACAACUACUCUGGUGCUAUGAUUGGCAAGCUGAAGCCUGAAGGAGGGGAGAGUUAUAAGAAUGAGAUUGAUGGCUAUACAAGGGCAGCGAAGGCUGGAUUUCCAAGUGUGCGCGAGAUUGCCAAUCAAGCAACGUUCAACGUUGUCACUAGUCUCAGACUAAUCGGCAAUCGGGGAAUCCAUGACCUGCGAAUGCGCCGAAGGUUCUAUGUGGCAGGGACCGCAUGGUGCGAACUAGGUCUCACUUCUUGCACACCGAUACGGGCCCGGCACACAUCCCCCGGGUCGGGGUUGGAGCAUCCGGAGACUCACCGGCCUUAUUACUUCGAUGAUGAACUCGGACUCGAGGUAGCUGAGUAUCAGGCUGAAAGCAUCGGCACAAUCUUGCAACCAGUGCUCAAGGGCAAGGUAGAGCAAACUUGCUGUGCGCUCAUUGCCAAUAAAAUAAGGGAGGAGUAA